UCUAGAAACAAAUAAAAUUAUUAGCGACCAACAGUUUGGCUUUUUAAAAAAACGCUCGACUGUUACUCAGCUUUUAUCUUCUUUCGAUGCAUGGUACAAAGCUCUUUUAAAUAAUAAAUGUAUUGACUGCAUCUUUAUAGAUUUCAAAAAAGCUUUCGAUAGUGUUCCUAUACGAUACCUCAUUUACAAGCUCUCUAAUAUAGGCAUUAAUGGAAAACUUCUUAAUUGGAUCUCAAAUUUUCUCUCUAACAGAACAGCUUUUGUAAAGAUAAAUGACAACUACUCUGAUCCCAUUCCUAUUAUGUCGGGUAUACCGCAAGGAACGAUAAUUGGCCCAAUUUUGUUUUUAAUCUAUAUAAAUGAUCUUAUUUACCAAAUACCUUCCCCCUCGAAAGUCAUGCUUUUUGCUGACGACCUAAAAAUAUUUUGUGAAUUUUCACCUAGUAACGAUAAUGCCUGUCUCCAAGAAUCACUUACUAAAAUUGAAGAAUGGAGCAUUGAUUGGGCAUUGGAUAUCUCAUUAAAUAAAACAUGUACUUUUCAUAUAGGUAAAAAUAACCCUAGAAAACGCUACAUCCUUUUUGACACCAUUUUAGAAACUGUAUCUUCCGUUACGGACUUAGGAAUCACUUUUACAGAUAAACUCUCAUUUGAAAUACAUCUAUCUAAAAUCAUCAAAAAGGCUUAUCAUCGUUCUAUUCUUGUACUAAAUAACAUUAAUUCAUCAAAUCCUAAGAUUUUUUCCUUAGCCUUUAAAUCAUACGUCAGGCCUAUUCUGGAAUACGCCUCCAUUAUAUGGAGUCCUAAAACAAAAAAAUUCAUUCUAAAAAUAGAACAAAUUCAAAAGUGGUUUACAAAGAUUACUUUAGUUAAAUGCAAAAUUCCUAAAAUGAGUUAUGCAAAUAGAUUAAAAUUUCUGAAUCUAGAAUCUUUAGUCCUCAGACGUACUCUAUUUGACCUCUCAACAAUCUUCAGGUUAACAAAAAAUUUUACCCAUCUUGAUCCAACUUGUUUUGUCGAGUUUUCCACGCGUCCUAUAAGAAAUAAACAUAAUUUACAAUUACGAGUUCCUAAAAAGAUAUCAAAGACUGAACAUUGGAUUAUAAAUAGAACUAUAAAUUUAUGGAACGUUCUCCCUAUACAGAUUAUUAAUUCUCCAAAUCCUAAAUCAUUCUGGAUAAACCUAAGAACUUAUUUAAUACAAAAUCAGGACCUCCUUAAUGACUUUAUUGGCCAGUUUUAGUGCUAUUAAUUUAAAUUUAAUGAUUUUUUUGAGACUCUUCCGUCCCUCAUAAUUUUGCUUAUAAAUCAAAAUAUUUUUCUAUACUCCAUUUUAUAUAAGUUCUAUGUAAUUUAUUAUUUAUUUUUAAUUUUACAAUUUUUACUUUUUAAGGCAUUUUUAAUUUUCGACUUUG